GCUUCUGAUACUACACACGGUGCCUUUUACAGGGCUCUUUCAUCCCGGCAAUUUGUAAGGAUCGCGGGGUUAAGGAGGAGUCGUUUAGUUUUUUGUUACGCAGGGGUCAAGAUCGUUCGAAGGGAAGGGGAGACUUUCCGGCAUGGUGAUCGGGAGAUGGGUGCGUCGUAAGUAGUUAACGCAGAGGGUGUGAUAACGAGUCUUAUUAAUUACGACACAGAUUGAUCGCGUAACCUUAGGCUCACAGGGUUCGAGGGCUUUCCCGGGCUUAGCUGCAUUCUCGGCAACGGAUUUGCAUACGUGGUUCACUAAUUACAGACGUACUUCACGGCGUCAUCUCUGCAUUUAACCCGGCGAUUAGAGGACACCCGCCUGUACUGCCUAUCUUCUAAUUACAUCUCCUCUAACGAUCGGACAGCGCGUCGGAUCAACCGCGAAAUACAGCGGACUGAAAUAUGGAGAGAAGAAAUUCAGCCGAUCAUUUUUCGAAUUAAUAACACAAAUUCUAGAAAUUUUUAUUACUCUAAGAAUGCGUUGUUACGAAAUUAUGUUUAUUGCUUUCAAUAAUACACGAGGAUUCAGGUAUGCGAAGUAUGGCAGUAUGAAAAAACGUUUCAGAGGAACUGAUAUCCGACAUUUGAUUUCUAGAUCCUCAUUGACGGCUGGUGAGAAGACACGACGUCGUCGUUCGCCCUUUUGAAACAUGCCGAUCGAAAUAUUUUAAUAAAAAUGCAAUCCUGGGCUGGAGCGGCGUACAUAAAGCUCGCUGCAGGUGCAUCAAUACACGUCAUUACAGGGUGAACGGCGAGAAACUACGAGGAAGAGUCAGAGCACAGGGGAAAAUGUUGAGAUGAAAGAGGGUUGCGAACGAAACGAAACGAAACGAAACGCUGCAUGUAAUCAACGAAUGAACACUGAACGGGAAUCGCGUUGGCACGCGCAGAAAAAAAUUACCAAUAUUUCAAUUGCUAUUCAUCGCGUCCAGUGCCGUCUGCAGCCACUGGUAACGGCGCAACGUACUUUUGCAAUUCAUACAUGCAACAGGGAGGUUCAAUGUCUCUUUCAGUCGUAUUGGGUCAGUCUACGGAUUCCGGAUCUAUUGGGUUCCAUUCGUGUUCGACCCAGAUUAGGGAAGAAAAGUCACACCGGGAGACGAGCUCAUUUUGGCUUCGAGCCAGUUGUGCUGGUUCUCCAUUGUACACACUGCCUUGGACAACCUCACGCAUACGUGUGGAUCCUAGCUGCACUUGACGAAUUUUCCUAGCUUUUUUCUCGUGAAAAACGAGGUGAAAGAAAAGUCGGAGAUGGAAAAAGGAUACUACAGAUUUAAAAUAUCGACAUG